UCCAAAACGGGAAUUUGCGAGAUGUGGGCCAACCACAUGAUUUCUCAAAAUGGCGGACAACCUGAAUCCUUUUCUGGAAGAUGAAGAUUUUAUUGAUAAUGAAUUAGAAACCACGCUCCCACAUAAGCAACCAAACAACGACGACGAUUAUAUCACUCUCGAUACGAUUGCAGAAAAACUGUUGAAGGGUAAUUUUAUCUUGUCGGCGUUGGAGCUGCAUACUGAACUCACUGAAAGUGGUCGGGAACUGGGAAGGCUUCGAGACUAUUUCUCCAAUCCUGGAAAUUUUGAACGUGCAAAACUAGAGCCAUCACCACCAUCAUUGCGUUGUUCAGCACAAAGCCUGGACAAUCUAAAUCGCACCAACAGUUGUCAGACGUUUGAUUCGCUGGAUCUUGCGCGGUAUUCUGAUGAUGGAGAGAGACAGACAGAAGAUAAAGUAGCUGUAUUAGAGUUUGAAUUAAGGAAAGCACAAGACACAAUUAAAUCCCUCAGAUCACAGUUAACAGGUGCUACAGAAAAUGUGUCAGCACCAGAGAGGACCGAGGAUCCCCAUGAAACUUUGUCAGGGGAGGGCCAGAUCAAGCCGCAUGAGAAGAGAGCACUUAAUUUUCUCGUCAAUGAAUAUCUACUACUGCAUGACUACAAACUCACCUCUGUUACUUUCUCAGAGGAAAAUGAAAACCAGGAUUUUGAAGACUGGGAUGAUGUUGGGUUGAACAUUCCAAAGCCUCCAGACAUCUUGCAUCUGUACCGCGACUACGGCAACCAUGUCAUACCUGUGGUGGAGAAAGAAAACUUCCAGUGCAUGGUGAACUUUGACCAGGAAGUGAUGAUACAGAAAGAAGAAGAGUACGGAAAUUUAAAAGAUAUGAUGGAAUCCAGAAUACAGGAACUAGAUGAACGUGUACGGCAGUUAGUGCAAGAAAAUGAAGCUCUAGCAGAUGAAAUAAAAAAUAUGGAAAGGCCUCCAGAGCCACUGUCCUCCACGCCCACAUUGUCACGAAAGAAACCAGCCAAUCAUCAAGAGCUUAACAUGAGCCAUGUAACAGAGGAUGCAGAACAAAAAGAAAGUGAUAAUCACAACUUUGACAAACAAUUUACCAAUGACAUUAAAGAAGAAAAAGAAGAGAAAGAAACAACAGACAAUGAAAAUGUAAGGUUGAAUGAGACAAGCGAUUUGGUUGGACCAAGCUCAGUUUGUGCAGAGGCAGGCUCAGAACUGCCCUCUGUGAAUGUUACAGAGCAGGACUCUGUAUUGAGAGGGUCAGAGACCAGAGAGACGGGAGACGGGAUGGAAAGAAUAGUGAUUGGGGAGAAAGCAUUUACUUGGCAACAUUCCGAUAGGAAGAUGUCUGAGAGUUUUAGAAGAGCUUUGUUGGAAAUGGCAUUCCAUGUUUCCCAAGACAAUAGAAUAGUAUCAGAGGUAUCUAAGAUAACAGACUCACGGGCAGAAAAUCUGGUCAACAUGUUGGCAAGAUGUCUGCCACAUAUUGUUCCCAAUGUUUUGCUGGCAAAACGAGAGGAACUCAUUCCACUAAUCCUGUGUACAGCCACUCUCCAUGAGGAUGGAAAAGAGAGAGAUAAACUGUUAAAUAUUUUGUUUAAUCUUAUCAAGCGUCCAGAUGCAGACCAAAGACAGAUGAUCCUGACUGGCUGCGUAGUGUUUGCUCAACAUGUGGGCCCCACCCGAGUAGAGACUGAGUUACUGCCACAGUGCUGGGAACAACUCAAUCAUAAAUAUCCUGAGAGACGUCUCUUGGUUGCAGAGGCAUGUGGUGCUCUAGCCCCCUAUCUUCCCAAUGAAAUCCGCAGUUCACUAGUGCUGUCCAUGCUGCAGCAGAUGUUGUCUGAUGACAAGGCGGAGGAGGUGCGUGAGGCGGCGGUCAGAAGUUUGGGCCUCCUCAUGGGUUUUAUUGAUGACCCAGAUAAGUACGCUCAGAGUUUUGAGCUGCUGUUUGCUGCCCUCCAAGACAGUGUGGAGGCUGUGUCCCUGGCAGCCCACCAGGUGUUACUGCCAGCAUUUGCCAUAUGGUCCACUGAACUGGGGUGCCUGGAGAAACAACUCAUGCACUCUAUUGUGUCGCGACUGGAAAAACUUACCAAGCUCAAUCAUAAAUAUCCUGAGAGACGUCUCUUGGUUGCAGAGGCAUGUGGUGCUCUAGCCCCCUAUCUUCCCAAUGAAAUCCGCAGUUCACUAGUGCUGUCCAUGCUGCAGCAGAUGUUGUCUGAUGACAAGGCGGAGGAGGUGCGUGAGGCGGCGGUCAGAAGUUUGGGCCUCCUCAUGGGUUUUAUUGAUGACCCAGAUAAGUACGCUCAGAGUUUUGAGCUGCUGUUUGCUGCCCUCCAAGACAGCGUGGAGGCUGUGUCCCUGGCAGCCCACCAGGUGUUACUGCCAGCAUUUGCCAUAUGGUCCACUGAACUGGGGUGCCUGGAGAAACAACUCAUGCACUCUAUUGUGUCGCGACUGGAAAAACUUACCAAGGAGCCAGUAGUGUCACCUAGUGGUGCCACAGUGGAUGAGGGGAAGUGUCUUCUGCUCAUCAAGACUAUGGAAGAACUCCUGCCAUUUUUGUUUGCAUCUGUGCUUGAGUCAGGGCCGUACACGGAACAGCUGUCCGAACAAGAUGCUACAGCAGAGGAAUUGGUAGUGGAGUUCACAAGAUUUCCUAAGCCUCACACUCGGUUGACAGACUUGGUUAUAAUAGUGGGUAAUAGUAGCAGGCUGGCUUCUCUGCUUUCCCUCUAUGAAGACUACAUCUCCGCCGAGUGGUUCGAACCUUGGGAGGCAUUUGCAUGGGUGGCAGACCACUUAAUUCCAAGGCUAGUGGCAGUCAUGGGCAAUAUUGAUGUAUCUCUCUCCAAACUGGUGCAUUCCUUUUCUAAGUUUAUUCUAAAUUUUUGUCAAAUGUUUGGGAAGACAUUUAUCUCUAUCAAAGUCAAACCCAGGUUAAAAUCGCUGUUAGACAUCCAUGAGGAACAUUUAGACAGUCUAGUCUCCACUGGGCACACAGUUUUAACGAAGAGCACAGUGCCUGUCUACACUGCAGGGGUACUGUCAGCAUUUAAUAGAGAAGAAGACAAGAAAGAGUUGACAACAUUCCUCCAAGAUCUCUUAUGUACACUGUCUCUGUGCCAUGCUCCCUUAGAGAGUCUCUAUUGUACUUUUACAGAACUAUGUCUCAACCCCUCAAACCAUGAACUUCUGCUGGCAGUAUUAUGGGAUGGAGUGGUACAUACGUCUGCUCAGGUUAGAAGUACCACAGGGAAGAUAUUUGAGGUGCUAGUGAAGGGAGUAAGUGAGAGCCUGAUAGCCAGCAGAGUGGUGCCUGCCCUAGUCACAUUGGCUAGUGACCCAGAAAUAUCUGUGAGAAUAUCUACAGUGCCUGCCUUUGGGACGGUAGUGGAGAACGUCACCCAGAGAGAAAUUCUGGACAAGGUUCACAUGCAGUUCCAAACUUUCAUGGAUGACCCACUUUAUCGCGACCAACAUUCCCUGUAUGUUUCACUCAUCAACACAUUUGCGCGUGUUGGGCCAAAUGCAGAACCCAAAUUUAGGGACGAAU